UUUUUGAUCCUGCGGGAUUGCAUCAUCCCGCGUGUGGCCCGGUUACCGGGCCAUUGCAUCGUUCAAUUCACUACUGCAAUGUGAGCCGGGAGCCAAUAACCAGAGAAGAAGAAGAAGACCCGAACGAAAGUGACGCACCCGUUAUAUUGAAACAUUUGCUGUACAUUAUUAUAUGUGCUCUGGAACUGUUGAGUUAUUUCGAGACACUUCUGGCAGAGGACGAGGAAUGUCGGCAGUGCUUUCGACAAUUUCGCAGCUUGUGCACGACUCUUAACUCUUUUAGUGUCGAUGGAGGGUGUUGUCAGCGACAGUGCCAAAAAGAUGAAUUUUACUCCACGCACGUGUCGGUCAAGUGCAAGUCAUGCCUGGGCAAACUCUGUACAGUUAAGAGGGACUUGUACAACGCCGUGGUGAUGAAAUGCAGAUUCGUCAGUCUAGUAUGUAAGUUUCCCGUUAAAACUCUACCGGCGAAAGCGUGCGCUGUUACUAGGAAAAUUAUGAAGCAGAAUGUCGAGUGGGUCAUUUGUGAAAUGAAGGAAUCCGAAUGUAAGUAUUGGAGACAAUCGUGGAACACGUGUCGCAAUUUAACCUACAACGUAGGCGCGUACUGUCUGAACAUGUGUACGAGGAAAGUGUGUGUUUACUGUUUGUUCACCUUCUUGUGCAGUU